AAAAUGAACGGGUCAUCAACUUGUUGCCAUGGGACCGGGGUCAUAGUCGGCCCUGAUUACUUGACAGGUGCGUGACAUGACAGUUCAGCUCCCCAGCAUGUUCCCUAAAGGAAAGGGUUCUACGGUACCUUCAGACAACCAAGCCAGGGAAAAGUUAGCUCUCUAUGUAUACGAAUAUUUACUCCAUGUCGGGGCACAGAAAAGCGCACAGACAUUUCUGUCGGAGACCUCACAGAUUAGGUGGGAGAAGAAUAUAACGUUAGGAGAACCACCAGGAUUUCUACAUUCAUGGUGGUGUGUCUUUUGGGAUUUGUACUGUGCGGCGCCGGAGAGGAGAGAAACAUGUGAACAUUCAAGCGAGGCGAAAGCCUUCCACGAUUACAAACACCCCGGUUCAAAGCUUUUAAAGUCUGGUAUGAUACCCGAUGCACCCUCAGAGAGAGGGAGGCCGAACCCACAUUUGGAUGUCAAUGGAGAACAACCUGUAGCACCAUUUCUACACAAGAGCGGUGCAGCUCCCAGUCCAGUAUUAGGUCAGAUGCCCCCUAACGAUGGGAUGCCUCCCAGUGGUCCAAUGCCUCCAGGCUUCUUUCAGAAUCCCAUGCGGCACUCACCCUCACACCAGAACCCUGGCCCCGGGGGACCCCCUGGGGGACCCCCUGGGUCACAGCCCUCACCCCACGCUCAGCAUCAUCACCACGGCAGUCCCAUGAUGCAACAGAACCAGCAGUUACCUCCUCAUCACAUGGAUGGAAAUCAAUUAUCACCUCAUCGGCUGGAUAUGAAUCAGCCGUUCAUGUCACCCCGCUACUCAGGCCCAAGAGGUGGUCCCGUCAGAAUGCCAGGGAGUCAGGUGAGACGCACGCCUCCACCCGGUGGUAUCCCCAAUUCACAAGGCAUGAUGCCCAACUCCAUGGACCCAACGAGGCCGGGUAAGUCCUUCUCUCUCACUUCUGUAUCGUAAAAAAAAAAUAGGAGC